AUGAGAAACAUUAGGGGAGGUCGUGAGGAGAGUGAUUUACAGGAGUUGUCUAAUUUAUUGGCAUGUGUUAAGAUUUUGGAUAGAAUUGACAGGUUUUGGUGGCCUUUGGAUCUGGAUGGGAUUUUUUCAGUUAAGCUUACUCGGAAUUUCAUUGAUAACGUCAACCUUCACGAUAGGGUGGAGACUACUAGAUGGUGUAAAAUUCUCCCAAUCAGAGUCAAUAUCUUUUUGUGGCGUGCUGCUCAAGAUAGAUUACCUACUAGAUUCACUCUUUCAGAACGUGGGAUGGAUUUGUCCUUUAUCCUUUGUGCGGUGUGUAAUGUAGAUGUUGCUUCUAUUAAGGAGUGGCUAUCUUGGGUGGAUGAUCAAAGAGGCAGGAGAAGACAUAGAUUGGAAGUCAUUGUUAUUACCAUGUUAUGGAUGCUUUGGAGAUUCCGAAAUUCUAUUACGUUUGACGGAGAUAAGAUCAAGAAAAGUUUGUUGUUUGAUAAUGUUGUUUUGCUUUCAUUUUCUUGGUUGAAAAACCGGGAUUCCAACUCCGGUGUAGUUUGGAAUUCUUGGCUUAUGUAUUCCCUUUAA